AUGAAUGCUAUCCAAGGAUAUUUCUCUAACGAACGAGAACGGUUCUAUUCCGAUAUCUGGCAAGAAUAUAUGCUAACGGCUGUAUGCUUUGUAACUCAGCCCUCUCUACAGUCAAAUGAGGAAUGGCUUCGCGACGAGGCAGAUUCUCGAAUACAACUAAGAAAAGCAGCUGCUCGUGAUCUGAGAUCGAUGUGGUUCCGACUUACACCUGUUCAAAAAAUGGGUUACAUCCCGCGACUUGUUGGAGCCUUCCUGAAAGUGGCUUUGGUAGAAGACGAUGAGACUCGAGAGGCAACAAUACCGAUUUUCUUCGAUAUGAUGCAAUGUGAGUUCCAUUCAUGUGUGGAGGAUAGGAAGAACUUCAAGAAGUUCUCGGAUGAGCUGAUUGCCCAGCUGGACAGCCUAGUUGAUCAAGAUCGAGGAACAAGAGCAUUCCAAGAACAGUUUACCAAGAUCCUGACAAGUCAAUGCCAAUCGGACAAGGAACUGUGGGAAGGCGGCGGGCGAGAACUUAUCGAGAGAGUUGAUCGCCUUUUAGGGCAUCUCUUUGAGUACAGACUUGUAAGGGAGACGUCUGAUUGUAUGGAAAAUGGCAUGAGCAGGACUGUGCAGCUUUUGGUUAGUAUUCGCUUUAUGAUGACGAAUCUUUGUAUUGUCUAA